AAUUGUGAUGUGCCUACUUCAUGAGUAAUACUUGUAGUUGGAAAAUGCAGUUGUAGAUGGAGGCUUGUUAAAAAAAGUAACACAAACCGGCUAAUAACCGGCAUAUUGAGGAGUAAACCAAGGAAACCGUGAAAGGACUACGUACUUCUUCUUCCUCCGGCGAAAACCCUCAAAUUGGGAGAUUUAAUUUAAUUAAAUCAUCGAAGAAGAUGGGGAGAGCAUUGUACAGCGUAGGAUUCUGGAUCCGGGAAACAGGUCAAGCACUUGAUCGGCUCGGUUGUCGCCUCCAAGGCAAAAAUCACUUCCGAGAACAGCUCUCCAGGCACCGCACCCUUAUGAAUGUUUUUGACAAGGCCCCUCUUGUUGAUAAGGACGCUUUCGUCGCUCCUAGCGCUUCUAUCAUUGGCAAUGUCCAUCUCGGACCAGGCUCUUCCAUUUGGUAUGGAUGUGUCUUGCGAGGAGAUGCUAACACCAUCACUGUCGGAGCUGGGACCAAUAUCCAAGAUAACUCCCUUGUCCACGUUGCCAAGUCCAACUUAAACGGCAAGGUCUUGCCCACUCUCAUUGGCGACAAUGUCACCAUUCGUAAUAGUGCUGUUUUACAUGGCUGCACUCUCGAAGACGAGUCUUACAUUGGUGCUAGUGCAACCGUCUUGGAUGGAGCUCAUGUUGAAAAGCAUGCCAUCGUUGAGUCCGGCGCUCUUGUCAGGCACAACACUAGGAUUCCCUCCGGCGAGGUUUGGGGAGGGAAUCCAGCUAGAUUUCUGAGGAAGGUGACCGAAGAAGAAAGGGCCUUCUUCUCCACUUCCGCUGUGGAAUACUCCAACUUAGCUCAAGUUCACGCUGCAGAAAACACAAAGAACUUGGAGGAGACUGAUUUCAACAAGCUCCUUUACAAGAAGAAGGCACGGGAUGCAGAAUAUGACUCUCCUUUACUCAAUGAUGAUCUCACUCUCUCUGAGAAUCAUCUACCAAAAGCACCUUGAGGCUCUUUUAUUCCCGUUGGAUUUGAAAAAAAGAAAAGAAGACCAGAAAAUUAAUUUCCAAUAAUGUUUUCUUCUGAUUAUUUUUCUCUCUAAUAAAAUGUUUGGAUCAGACAUUUCUCGCAUUGAGGCUGGCCUCUGGCUUUUCACAUGCUCAUAUAAAGCAAGCAGCACUUGCUUCUCUA